GAUAUGUUUGUGAAUCAGAACAUAUGUCUAGCAAUAUAGAAGCUACUCCAAGUAAAGCAUUAACAUUUUUAUAUCAAGAAAUCUUCAAAACAAAGACUAAAUUCUCUGGGGUACUUGAGUUUGGUUUGGAUAAUGAUCUAAUAUUAGGCAUGCUUCUGGAAGAUGUUUCAUUUCGACCAUUUUUAGUUCAAGUAGACAAUCUUAAAAUAUUUAUUUUCAGUGUUGGAACUUCAAAUAAUAGUGAAUGGCAUGGAGCUGGUAAUGGUUAUAUGGCAUCAUUUUUUUAUCUUUACAAGAAACAAAGACAUUUAUUUGUACAGAAACUGAAUGAACUAACAUGUAAUAUUGAGAUUUAUAAAGAAACUUCUCUUAUUGCACAAUUCAAAGGUAAAUCACCAGAGGAUGUUUGGUUAAAAACAGAUAUCUUACAAAAUUACAAUGGAAAUAUCCUUUUUGGUUUAGAAAAUCCUUAUACUCAAAAAAUCUUAUUACAUUACCAAAAGCCCACUUGCACAUUUAAAGAUUGGAAUAGUUUAGAAAUUAUGAGUUCAUUAUAUUCUUACCACCUAAAAAAACAUACACAAUCAAGCAUUGAUUGGUAUGGAAUAUUUAAAAAAUGGUCCAAUCAAAAUAGUACUAUUAUAGAAUUUCAAUCAGAGCUUGCAACUAUUUAUCCUCUGAAUCAU